AUGGACACGAGAAAACGUGUGACUGAAAUUGUAAAAUGGAAACUAGGUUGUCUACAUUUGGAAAUGGAAUGCUCGUUUGUCUGCUUGGUUCAAAUUUCACCAAUGCGACGCUGUGUGAGGCCGAGUCGUUCGCCCGUGUUACCAGUUAUUGACGAAUGA